UUGCGUUCUUGUGUGAUGUUCGCGCCAUUUCGAGUUUUCAACUGGACCUGUCAGAAAUUUUGUGUCAGCCUUGGACAUUUUGCGAGUCAAAUUUGCCAUCACAAUUCUGUUUGAAAUUGUUUGUACCUUUGGAGUAUCUAUUCGGGUGGCACUGGAAACAUUUACUCUCGUCACGAGCUAAAACCUGAGGUAUUUGAAGCGACAUAUAUAACACCUCAGUCGUGCAGACGACAACAUCGGCUAGCAGACGACAUUUUGUGAUUCGACACUGCGCCUUUUGUUUUCGGAUUUGCUGAACAGUUUUUGACAGAAGUAGCCAUAAAGAUGAUGCAUCAGGACCAGGUAGUGGAAGAACAACUAGGGAAUGAAGACGAUGAUGAUUCCUUCUUCCAAGACAUCGACAUGUUACAGAACCACGGCAUCAACGCCGCGGACCUGAAGAAACUCAAGUCUGCAGGCAUCUGUACCAUCAGGGGUGUUCAGAUGACUACAAGGAAGAGGCUGUGCAACAUCAAGGGUAUAUCAGAGGCUAAGAUGGACAAGAUAAAAGAAGCAGCUGCAAAACUGGGUGAUGCAGGUUUUAUGACAGCUCUGGAGUACAGUGACAGAAGGAAGACAGUCUUCAAGAUUCAGACUGGCAGCUCAGAGCUGGACAAACUCCUUGGAAAUGGCAUUGAGAGCAUGGCUAUUACUGAGGCCUUUGGAGAGUUCAGAACAGGGAAAACACAGUUGUCUCAUACCUUGUGCGUGUCAUGCCAACUACCAGGACCUGGUGGCUACUCUGGAGGAAAAGUUGUGUUCAUUGACACAGAGAACACAUUUCGUCCUGACCGUCUGAAGCCCAUCGCUGACCGCUUCAACUUGGACCAUGAGGCCAUGCUGGACAAUGUGCUGUAUGCCAGAGCCUACACAAGUGAACACCAGAUGGAGCUGUUGGAUUAUGUGGCUGCCAAAUUCCAUGAGGAACCCGGAGUUUUCAAACUACUGAUCAUUGACUCCAUCAUGGCCCUGUUCCGAGUGGACUUCAGUGGGCGGGGUGAGCUGGCAGACAGACAACAGAAACUGGCACAGAUGUUGUCCAGGCUACAGAAGAUCUCAGAAGAAUACAAUGUUGCAGUGUUUGUGACAAACCAGAUGACAGCAGACCCAGGAGCGACCAUGAGUUUCCAAGCAGACCCAAAGAAACCCAUUGGUGGGAACAUUCUGGCCCAUGCCUCAACUACACGCAUCAGUCUGAGGAAAGGCAGAGGGGAGAACAGGAUUGCCAAAAUCUAUGACAGCCCUGACAUGCCUGAAUCAGAGGCAACUUUCGCAAUCUCCAAUGGAGGCAUCUGUGAUGCAAAGGACUGAAUAUAGGCCUGCUUAGCUAAGAUUUCCAUGACCGUUUUGUGUAAGUUAGAAAUUCAUCAUGGAUUUCUUCUUACAACUGAUAGAAAUUUUGUCAGAAUUGUUAUUAGUUCACAUUGAUAUUCCAGAUGUUAGUUUGUAAAUGGAAUACUGUUGAAUGUUUGAAAUUUACGCUACAAAAGGAAAUGGGAAUUUUGCCAUAAAAUGUAAGAGUAUUAGGAUGCCUCAAAUGAUAUAUUCA